CCCGUCUGUGUCUUUGAAAUCAAGGACCCGCUCCGGAGUCGGCGUUGGACAUUUACUCAUUUUCAUUUCACACUCUCGCUGAUGACUCCUUUUGUGACUCUUCGCAUCACCACCACCCAACUUAUAAAAAGGGGCGAUUGAAUCAACAAACUCAUCCACCCACAAACUUUAUUCGCCGCUCGCCAUCAUGCCGGCCUUCAACCUCCAAACCUGCGCGAGGCCCAACAUUCUGGCCCUCGAGCCGUAUCGCUGCGCCCGAGACGACUACAAAGACGACGGCACCAACAUCCUCCUCGACGCCAACGAAAACGCCUUUGGCCCACCCCUCCCCAAUGACACCACCCCCACCACAACCACCACCACCACCACCAACCCCUCCCAAGAAACCACCCCAACCCUAGACCUCUCAACCCUCCACCGCUACCCCGACCCGCACCAAACCCCGCUCAAACACCUCCUCUGCACCCUCCGCACCACCCACGCCCACACCCCGCGCACCCUCACCCCGGAGCACUGCUUCGUCGGCGUCGGCUCCGACGAGGCCAUCGACGCCCUCCUGCGCUGCUUCUGCCGCCCGGGCCGCGACCGCGUGCUCGUCUGCCCGCCGACCUAUGGCAUGUAUGGGGUGUCGGCGCAGGUGAAUGAUGUGGCGGUGGUGAGGGUGCCGUUGUUGGGGGCGGAGCGGGGGUUUCAGGUGGAUGUGGAGGGGGUGAGGGGGGUGUUGGAUCGGGAUGGGUGUGGGGAGGGGGGUGCGGGUGGGGAUGGGGUGGGGAGGGUCAAGGUGGUGUAUCUGUGCUCGCCGGGGAAUCCGACGGGGGGGUUGCUUAGGAAGGAGGAUGUGCGGGCUGUGUUGGAGCAUCCGAGUUGGAAUGGGGUGGUGGUGGUGGAUGAGGCGUAUGUGGAUUUUGCGCGGGAGGAGGAUAGUCUGGCGGAGUGGGUGGUGGAGUGGCCGAAUCUGGUGGUCAUGCAGACGCUGAGCAAGGCGUUUGGGCUGGCGGGCAUCCGGUUGGGGGUGGCCUUUACGUCGCCCGAGAUUGCGCGGUUGUUGAACAGUUUGAAGGCACCGUACAAUGUGUCGAGCUUGACGGCGGGCAUUGCCGAGUAUGCGGUCUCGGAGAACGGGGGGUUGCCGAAGAUGAGGGAGAACCGGGCCAAGUUGAUUGCGCAGAGGGAGAGGAUGGUGCGAGAAAUGGCCAAGAUCGAGGGGGUUGGGCGGUUGAGGGGUGGGUUGGACAGCAACUUUCUGUUGUACGAGAUGGUGGAUAAGGAUGGGAAGCCGGAUAAUGCGACGGCGCUGGCCGUGUAUGAGCGGCUGGCCGAGAACAAGGGCGUGGUGGUCCGCUUCAGGGGCAAGGAGCACGGUUGUCUGGGCUGUUUGCGGAUUACCGUCGGCACCGAAGACGAGGUGACGCGGUUUUUGGCGGCCCUUAGCAAAACCCUAGCCGAGGUGCGGGGGACGGCGCCGGCUGCGGAUGAGGAGAAAAAGGAGAUUGCGGCGAGUGAAGUGGUGGCUUGAGGAUGGGCUGAAGUAGAGAAAAGUGCUUCCUGUUAGAGACGUUAUACCGACACGGCAUCAAUGAUAAAAGAUUGUCCUUGUUGUCCGUCUAUUCUGGCUGCC